AAAGGGUAUCACUCCAGUGAGUUAGUCUGUACCCUACCAUACCUGCUGCGUCUUCUAAUAAGGUGUAAACAAGACAAGGGUUUUACUGGAUAUACAACGCUUGACUGAGAUAAAACCGAAGAAGAUGGCGUCUUCCAUGGCAAUCCGUCUUUCACAGCCUCCACAAAUGCUUCAUCCACUCUUCUCCAAGGUACGCUCUCUUCGACACUUUUCUUUCAGUAACAAAACCCUAAUCCUCGCUAAACCCCUCACUACUUCAGCAUUACCAAAUGACCAUCAAAGAUUUUAUCCCAAUGAUGCUUCCCAAUGGAACUCGAGAACCCUGACACACCCUCCUUCUCCUCCUCCUCACCAGUCCUCCCCACAACCUGCUCACUACAAUCACAAUCAACCCAUCCAAAAUCAGCAAUACCCUCCUCCAAACCAACAAAAUUAUCCUAAUCAGGGUUAUGCCUAUCCUGACCAAGGAGGAUAUCCUCAACAACAACACCAGUAUCCAAACCCUAAUCAACGGGAUCAAAAUUAUCCCCAGUACCAAAACCCUGGUCAGUUUAACCCUGAUGUCCGCGGGGAUUAUGGGCAACCCGGAAGCCCAAAUCGAUGGGACAACCGAAAUCAGGGAUACCCGCAACAGAAAAAAACUGAUCAGUGGGCCUCACGUGUGGUUCCGGAGAGUCGAAGACAGGAUUUGAAUGUUAAUUUUAGUGCUAGUGCUAAUGCUAAUGCUCCAGCUACUGCUCCCCGGUAUCCAAACCCUAAUCAACGGUAUCAAAAUUACCCCCAGUAUACAAACCCUAAUGAACGGGAUCAAAAUCAUCCCCAGUACCAAAACCCUGGUCAGUUUAGCCCUGAUGUCCGGGGGGAUUAUGGGCAACCCGGAAGCCCAAAUCGAUGGGACAACCGAAAUCAGGGAUAUCCGCAACAGAGAAACACUGAUCAGUGGGCCUCACGUGUGGGCUCGGAGAGUCGAAGACAGGAUGUGAAUGUUAAUUUUAGUGCCAAUGCUAAUGAUCCAGCUCCAGCUACUGCUCCGCCUCCUUCGGUUUAUGACUUGGAGCGUUUGUGUCAGGAGGGUAAGGUUAAGCAAGCUAUCGAGUUGAUGGAUAAUGGGGUUAAAGCCGAUGCUAAUUGUUUCUAUAGUUUGUUUGAGAUGUGCUCAAAACAUGAGGAUGCCAAGAAGGUCCAUGAUUAUUUUUUGCAGUCGACCUUUAGGGGCGAUGUUAAGUUGAACAAUAAUGUGAUUAAGAUGUAUGGGAAAUGUGGAAGUAUGGCAGAUGCGAGGAGAGUUUUUGAUCAUAUGCCUGAGAGGAAUAUGGAUUCAUGGCAUUUGAUGAUAAAUGAAUAUGCCAAUAAUGACCUGGGAGAUGAGGGAUUGGAGCUGUUUGAGCAGAUGAAGAAGUUGGGCUUGGAACCCACUGGGGAAACAUUUCAUGCUGUUUUGUCUGCCUGUGCAAGUGCCGAGGCAGUCGAGGAAGGGUUUUUAUAUUUUGAGGAAAUGAGCAGGGAGUUUGGCAUUAGUCCAACCCUUGAGCAUUAUUUGAGGAUUAUAGAUGUUCUUGGAAAGUCUGCAUAUCUUAAUGAAGCUGUGGAGUAUAUUGAGAAACUUCCAUUUGAACCCACAGUGGAAAUUUGGGAGGCAUUGAGGAAGUAUGCUAGAAGUCAUGGAGACAUUGAUCUCGAAGACCACUCUGAGGAAUUGAUCGUUUCUCUUGAUUCAUCAAAGGCUGUUGCUAAUAAAAUCCCAACUCCACCACCGAAGAAGUAUAAUCUGAUUAGCAUGCUUGAAGGAAAGAAUAGAGUAGCUGAGUUUAGGAAUCCUACAUUUUACAAGGAUGAUGAGAAAUUAAAGGAAUUGCGUGAGAUGAAAACAGGUGGCUAUGUUCCUGAUACUAGAUAUGUUCUUCAUGACAUUGAUCAGGAGGCCAAAGAGCAAGCCUUGCUGUAUCACAGUGAGCGGUUGGCAAUUGCAUAUGGUCUUAUUAGCACCCCAGCUAGGAUGCCCUUGAGGAUAAUCAAGAAUCUCCGUGUGUGUGGGGACUGUCACAAUGCCAUCAAGAUCAUGUCAAAGAUUGUUGGGAGGGAGUUAAUAGUUAGGGACAACAAAAGGUUUCAUCAUUUCAAGGAUGGCAAGUGUUCUUGUGGAGAUUAUUGGUGAAGUCGUCUCAGCCUUGGAACUUUUAUAUUAUGCAUUUGUUAACUUUCUUUUUUUAAAAUUUUGUGUAUAAAUUGUUGAAUCUGCUAAAACAUGUGAGCUGCUGCUUACAGGAAAACGAGUAUUUCUAGAGGUAGGAAAUGGACUAUCCAUUGCUUCACAGUGUACGGUCUACCUGUUUGUCAGGAGAUUUUCCAUUACCCAUUACUGUUGGCUUAUGCUUUUCCAUGUUAUUUUUUCUUUUUAAGUUGACAGUUUCCUUUCUUAA